GAUUGCGCUGAGGGUAGCCCGCAAGUGUCGCCAGGCUCCCAAAGCCAACACAGCAUGCCCACAACUUUAUUUAUUUAUUUUUACCUUUUUUCUUCUAUAUGAUGUACUGCAUUGAACUGCUGCUGCUAAAUUAACAAAUUUCACGAUAAUAAACCUGAUUCUGAUUCUAUACACAUUUGGACUGUGGGAGGAAGCGGGAGCACCCGGAGGAAACCCACUCUGUCACGGGGCGAACGUAUAAGCAUCUUACAGACAGCAGUGGGAAUCGAACCCGAGUCGCUGGCCCUGAAACUGCUGCAGUACUGUACUGUGCUGUCCCAAUAAAAUAAAUAUUUUGCAGAAGUACCUGCAAAAUGUCAAGUUAUAAUAUACAGUGACAUAUGCAGUACUGUGCACGGAGGUACCUGAGACUUUUGCACAGUGCUGUAUUUGUCAACGUGAGCGAAAUCUGGCAGGAGCAAAGGACGUUGGGAAUGGCAAGGUUGGCAGACCAUGGGAAGGUUGUGGGACAGAUGGCAGAGAAGGAGUGUCAGGGGCAGCUGGAGACGCACCCAGCCCUGAGAUACCAGGCAAGGCUGCCAUGGCCUCCCUCGAGCAGUGGGUGAAUGAUCAGCUGCACCGGCUGCUGGGCCUGAGUGACAAGUACGUGGCCCAGUUUCUGAUCGGGACAGCCCGGCGUAGCGGUGACCCCCAGGACUUUGUCCAGCGGCUGGAGGGCACCGGCACGAUUGACAUCACGCCCAGCGUGCGCGUCUUUGCCGGCGAGCUGUGGACCAAGAUCCCCAGGAAGGCGCCGGAGGAGAAGGCCUCGCGGGCAGUGGAGCGCGAGGCCCGGGCCCUGCAGCACAAGAACCGCACCUACCAGCUGCUGGAGGACAGCGAGGACAGCGGGUCCGAGGGGCAGCCGGAACGCCACCGGUCCAAGGCCAGGGCCAAGCGGCCCCACCUCCGCAGGAAGAGGGCCGAGUCGUCGGGCAGCGAGGCUGAGGAGAGCGCGAAGAAGUCGCCAUCCCCUCGCAGACAGUCGGCGUCCGAGGAGGAAGAAUGGGAGAAGGAAGAGAAGGACCGGCUGAAAGAUCUGGAGGAGCGGGAUGCUUUUGCCGAGCGGAUCAAAAAGCGGGACAAGGACAGGACCCGCCUUGUCCUGGAGCGCUCCGAUAAAAAGGCCUAUGAAGAGGCACAGAAACGCCUGAAGAUGACUGAAGAGGAUCAGAAGGCGCUGAUCCCGGAGCUCCGCAAGAGGUCGCGGCGGGAAUACCUGGGCAAGCGGGAGCAGGAGAAGCUGGAGGACCUGGAGGCGGAGAUCCAGGACGACGAGUACUUGUUCUCACCCAGCAUCCUCACCGAGCGGGAGAAGCAGCAGCUGGAGUACAAGAAGAAAGUGCGGGACCUGGCCCGGGAGUACAAGGCGGCCGGAGAGCAGGAGAAACAGGAGAAAAGCAACCGCUACUAUAUGCCCGAGGAGUCCCGCAACAAGAAAGUGCCGGAUCGCUACGAGGAGCCCGAGGCGGAGGGGAAGCACGCCCCCCGGGACGAGCAGAAGCGGUGGGAGGAGGCGCACAUGGACGCUGCCCUUCUGAAGUUCGGUGCCAGGGAUGCCCGCGAGCGCAACAAGCAGAAGGAGUAUGAGUUCGUGAUGGAGGAGGACGAGAUGAUCGAGUUUGUCAGCUCCAUGCCCAUGCAGGGCACGGUCUCCAAGGACGAGGCAAAUGAGAUGUCGGAGGCGCAGAGGCAAAAGGCUUCGCUGCAGGAGGUGAGGAGGAGCCUACCUGUCUUCCCCUACCGAGAGGACCUGCUGGCAGCUGUGGCCGAGCACCAGGUCCUCAUCAUUGAAGGCGAGACGGGCUCCGGCAAGACGACCCAGAUCCCUCAGUACCUGUACGAGGAGGGCUACACGUCCGGCGGGAAGAAGAUUGGCUGCACCCAGCCCCGGCGCGUGGCGGCCAUGAGCGUCGCUGCCAGGGUGGCGCACGAAAUUGGGGCCAAGCUGGGGAAUGAGGUGGGAUACAGCAUUCGCUUUGAGGACUGCACGUCGGAGCGCACAGUGCUGAAGUACAUGACUGAUGGGAUGCUGCUGCGGGAGUUCCUGACGGAGCCAGACCUGGCAGGGUACAGUGUGGUGAUCAUCGACGAGGCCCACGAGCGCACGCUUCACACCGACAUCCUCUUUGGCCUCAUCAAGGACAUCGCCCGCUUUCGCCCGGACCUCAAAGUGUUGAUUGCCAGCGCCACGCUCGACACGGAGAAGUUCUCCACCUUCUUCGACGACGCCCCCAUCUUCCGGAUCCCCGGGCGCCGGUUCCCCGUUGACAUUUACUACACCAAGGCCCCAGAAGCGGACUACUUGGAAGCCUGCGUGGUUUCUGUCCUCCAGAUCCACGUCACCCAGGCUCCGGGAGACAUCCUGGUGUUCCUCACUGGGCAGGAGGAGAUCGAGACCACCUGCGAGAUGCUGCAGGAGCGCUGCCGCCGGCUGGGCUCCAAGAUCGCCGAGCUGCUGGUGCUGCCCAUUUACGCCAACCUGCCCUCCGACAUGCAGGCGAAGAUCUUCGAGCCCACCCCACCCGGAGCCAGGAAGGUCGUCGUGGCCACCAAUAUCGCGGAGACCUCCCUGACGAUUGACGGGAUCAUCUAUGUGAUAGACCCGGGCUUCUGCAAGCAGAAGAGCUACAAUGCAAGGACGGGGAUGGAGUCCCUGAUCGUCACUCCCUGCUCCAGAGCUUCAGCCAAUCAGAGAGCAGGCAGGGCGGGCCGCGUGGCCGCCGGCAAGUGCUUCCGACUGUACACUGCCUGGGCCUUCAAGCACGAGAUGGAGGAGACAUCCGUCCCUGAGAUACAGCGGACCAACCUGGGCAACGUGGUCUUGCUGCUGAAGAGUCUGGGAAUCAACGACCUGAUCCACUUUGACUUCAUGGACCCACCCCCUCACGAGACGCUGGUGCUCGCUCUGGAGCAGCUCUAUGCGCUGGGAGCGCUCAAUCACCUCGGAGAGCUCACCAAGCUGGGUCGGCGGAUGGCGGAGCUCCCUGUGGACCCCAUGCUGUCGAAGAUGAUCUUGGCUUCAGAGAAGUACCAGUGCUCAGAGGAAAUCCUGACCAUUGCGGCCAUGCUGUCCGUCAAUAAUGCCAUCUUCUACCGACCCAAGGACAAGGUGGUGCACGCGGACAAUGCCCGCAUGAACUUCUUUCUGCCGGGAGGUGACCACCUGGUACUGCUGAACGUCUACACCCAGUGGGUGGAGAGUGGAUACUCCACCCAGUGGUGCUACGAGAACUUCAUCCAGUUCCGCUCCAUGCGCCGAGCUCGCGAUGUCCGGGAACAGCUGGAGGGGCUGAUGGAGAGGAUCGAGGUGGAGCUCAAGUCUUCAGCUGGUGACAAGAUCCUGAUCUGCAAGACGAUCACCGCUGGCUUCUUCUACCACACGGCCCGGCUGACUCGCUCCGGCUACAAGACGGUGAAGCACCAGCAGUCCGUCUACGUCCACCCCAACAGCAGCCUGUUCGAGGAGCAACCCCGCUGGCUCAUCUACCACGAGCUGGUCUUCACCACCAAGGAGUUCAUGAGACAGGUGAUCGAGAUCGACAGCGCCUGGCUGCUGGAGGUCGCCCCGCACUACUACAAGACAAAGGAGCUGCAGGACGCUGCCAGCAAGAAGAUGCCCAAGAAAGCGGGCAAGGCGCGAGAGGAGCUGGGCUGAGCGUGACGGGAGUCGCCUGGAGUCAAAUCCGGCACACCAGGAAAGGACAGGAGCUGGGGGGGGGGCCACGUUUGUCCCACACCACACCCCCCUCUCACCUGGCAGGCUGGUCCCUGAGGUGCAGUCUUCACUGUAUCCGUACAUCAUGCACAGUUUGUAAAGGGAAGCCCUGGUCCCUGCAGCAUCCUGUCUGACAACGCUGGUCAGUCGGGCCCCUCCCUGUCCCCCUCCCCGAGGGUUACAGCCCUCUGGCCCCCCACUACACCUGUCAGAGGAGGGGCUGUAAUGGUCAGGACACCAGUUGUUGUUCUAACUCAGGGGAUCGUUGGCGAGGAUGGAGAGAAUACCAGAUCACGCUGGCUAUCUCAGUGGCCAGCACUGACAGCUCUCGCACUCCGAUCUGACACUUUGCUCCAGCCUGCGUAACCUGCCAACCUCUCAGUGGUUUGAAAUAAAGUUUUUAUUUUUGAGAGAGUGUAUUGUCUUUCACUAUUUCAAGAUUCAAGUUUAUUCAUCACACAUACAUCAAAACAUAGUGAUAGGUACUUAUUCAGUGAUAAAGAUCAGUGUCGGGCCUUCUGGCCCUUUGAGCCUCUCUGUCCCAGCAAACCCACAAACCCAAUUAACUCCACCCUAAUCACGGACAAUUUACAAUGAACAGUUGGCCUACCCAGUACCUCUUUAGACUAUGACAGGAAACCGACACGCGGACACGCAUUCCACUGGAGGAUGUAUAGAGUCUCUUUAUAGAGGACGCUGGAAUUGAACUCCAAACUCUGGAAUUCCCAGCAUCAUGGUAAUCAUUUGUAAAAGUGACAGUUUCCAGUUCACAAAUUCGGUCCACCUAGAAUGCCCUACUAAACAUGAUGCAAUUCAGCCUUUUUUUAAAGAUUAGUUUUAUUUGUCAUAUGUACAACAAAAGAUGGUGAAAUCAAUAUUUAAUUGUUUUAUUAUUAUUAUGUUUUUUUUCUCUAUAUUAUGUAUUGCAUUAAACUGCUGCUGCUGUUUACGUCACAUGCCGGUGAUAAUAAUUCUGAUUCUGAGGUGUCGUUUGACUAAUAUAGUCUGGGGGCAAGUGCCACCAUGCUUCUGGCCCCAGCAUAGCAUGCCCACAGCUUGCUAACGCUAACUUGUGCGCCUGUGGAAUCUGGGAGAAAGCGGGACACGGGGGAAGAAUGGGCAAACUUCUUACAGAUAGUGAUCGCGACUCAACUCCGAUC